AUGGCAGAUAGUACUGUUGAUGGACUUCCCAACUACGAAGUUGUUCAUCCCGUCAGAGUGGAUUCAUCAGGACAUUUUUUGUCCAAUCUUGUGUCCCACCGCAUGAGUCGAAUUCAAAGGAGAGAGACAGUAAAAAACAAAGAGAGCCUGGCCCAGGUUUUUUACCAUCUACAGUAUGGUGGUCAAGACCUGCACUUUAACCUCACCCUAAACCCUCAUCUACUAGCGCCUGGAUUCCUCACAGAGUGGAGAUACGGUGGUCUGCAAGGGUCUACAUUACAUAGCCAUGGCCACUCUCUCUGCUACUUCCUGGGAGAUGUCUGGAGCAGUACACUGAAGUGGGGUCAAGCAGCUCUGAGCACUUGCAAUGGCCUGACAGGGCUGUUCAAGCUCUCAGAAGAGGAAUUCUUCAUUAGUCCGCUGGAGUCGGCACAAGAAGAUUCGGCCCCUCGCGCUCAUGCAAUCUAUAAGCGACAUGCUGUCCAAUCAGAACACCAGCUGGUGCAGCCUCUGUUUGGGGAGCACACAGCUAACGCAACCUGUGGGGUCAGAGAUCCUUUAGAAGGGGCAAAGCAGGUGGAGAGGCAAAGAGAGCGCUGGGAGAGACGUCAACAUCGCAGACGGAUCAGACAGCGCUCCAUAAGCACUGAGAAGUGGGUAGAGACUCUGGUUGUGGCUGAUCCUAAAAUGGUGGAGUACCAUGGGCGCAAAGGAGUUGUGAGCUAUGUGCUCUCUGUCAUGAAUAUUGUGGCAGGGUUAUUUCGGGAUGCCAGCAUUGGAAAUGCCAUCAACAUCGCUGUCGUGCGUCUCAUUCUGCUGGAAAAAGACGAGGAGGAUUUGAAAAUCACCCAUCAUGCAGACAACAGCCUGAACAGCUUCUGUAAGUGGCAGAAAGGCAUCAAUAUGAAGGAUGAUGAUCAUCCAGUCCAUCAUGAUGUGGCUGUCCUCAUUACUAGAAAAGACAUUUGUGCUGCCAUCAAUAAGCCUUGUGAGACAUUGGGACUGUCUCAUGUGGCUGGAAUGUGCCAACCUCAUCGCAGCUGCAGCAUCAAUGAAGAUACAGGCCUGCCCCUCGCAUUUACAAUCGCACAUGAGCUCGGCCACAACUUUGGGAUUCAGCAUGAUGGGAACGGCAAUGACUGCGAGCCCAUUGGGAAAAGACCUUUCGUCAUGUCUCCACAGCUCCUGUACGGAACUUCUCCACCCAACUGGUCACGCUGCAGCCGUGAAUACAUCACCCGCUUUCUCGAUCGAGGCUGGGGCUGGUGUCUGGAUGACCCUCCUGUCAGAGACGAUCUGGAGAUGGACUCUGCUCCCCCUGGUGUCCUGUACAGCGCUGCUCAUCAGUGCAAGUUCCAGUACGGAUCCAGCUCACUGCUCUGUGACGAUGUAGAUAAUAUCUGCAGCACCCUGUGGUGCACAGUGGGCUCAACCUGCCACUCAAGGCUGGAUGGCGCUGUGGACGGGACCAAGUGCGGUGAGGGCAAGUGGUGUUUUGACAGGGAGUGUGUAGAGAUGGGCUUCCAGCCUGAAAGCGUGAAUGGUGGCUGGGAUUCAUGGAGCGAGUGGUCCGAGUGCACCAGGACAUGCGGUGUAGGCGUUCAGAAUGCCCAGAGGGACUGCGUCAACCCUGUACCCAAGUAUGGAGGUAAAUACUGUCUCGGAGAGCGCCGCAGAUAUCAAACCUGUAACCGUGACCCCUGCCCUGCGGACCACAGCUUCAGACACAUCCAGUGCAGCCACUUUAACACACUCCCUUAUAAGGGAAAGUUUUAUAAAUGGAUACAUGUAAAUAACAGAGUUAAUCCGUGUGAGCUGCACUGUAGACCUGUGAAUGAGCACUUUUCUGAGAGGAUGCUGGACACUGUUGUAGAUGGAACACAGUGCUAUGAGGGCAGUCAGAGCCGCGACAUUUGCAUUAACGGAAUUUGUAAGUACUUAGGCUGUGAUUAUGAGAUUGACUCAGAUGCCGUUGAGGAUCAAUGUGGAGUGUGCCAUGGAAAUGGAUCUACAUGCGAGACAGUGAGGAAGACCUUUGAGGACAGUGAAGGGCUCGGCUAUGUAGACAUAGGUCUAAUUCCAGAAGGAGCACGGGACAUCCGUAUUGAGGAAGUCGCAGAGGCUGGGAACUACUUGGCAUUACGCAGUAAUGACCCUGAAAAAUAUUUCCUGAACGGUGGCUGGACGAUCCAGUGGAAUGGCGAGUAUAAAGCAGCAGGAACAGUAUUCACUUACGAAAGGACCGGGCAGCUGGAAAACCUAUCUUCCCCCGGACCGACCAUGGAGCCAGUGUGGAUUCAGCUGCUUUUUCAAGAGACCAAUCCAGGGGUGAGGUAUGAGUACACCAUAAGCAGAGACACUCUUGUCGACUCCAACAAUGGCACUGCUGUCUCUUAUUUCCAGUGGAUUUAUGGGGCUUGGACUGAGUGUAGCACCACAUGUGGAACUGGUGUGCAGAGGCAAGUUGUGCACUGUGUGGAGAGAACAUCUGGAAUUGUUGAGGAACAUUACUGUGAUCCAUCUACUAGGCCGGAUGACAAGCAAACUAACUGCAAUCAGGGGGCAUGCCCUGCCAUAUGGUGGGUUGGAGAGUGGCAGAAGUGCUCGUCUAGCUGUGGGGACACUGGGCUUAGUAAGAGAACAGUGCUGUGUAUUCGGAGUCUAGGGCUGGAUGAGCAACGAGCGCUUCAGCCGGCUGAAUGUCAUCACUUGCCUAAGCCGGAGUCAAUUGUCCGGUGCAACGCACAUGUGUCCUGUCCUGCUGACUGGACCACUGGAAGCUGGUCAGAGUGUUCAGUGAGCUGUGGAGCUGGUUUCCAGACACGUGACGUGACCUGCAGCUGGAAUACUGGUGUUGACUGUGAUCCGAAAGCCAAGCCUAAUUCAACUAUGCCAUGCUAUCUUCAGGACUGCCCCAUAAACUCAGACACCUUUGGCAACGACUGGUCAGGAAGUGGAGCAUCCAGCAAAGAAGUUUUCAAUGAGAUAAAAGUUAUACCCCACUUCAGUACUACUAGAAAUCAGCCCAGGGGCAAUGCUGACAUCAAUGAAAUUAUAGAAGACGAUUUCUCACAUUAUAGUCAUGUUGAAAAGUCCUCUGACAAUUCUAUUGUGAAAAAUCUACAAGUUGAUGAUUUUUAUUAUGACUAUAAUUUUAUAAGGUUCCAUGAGGAUCUUUCGAAUGACCUUGAUAAAGCUGAAAAUGCUAUGUUUGAUAACUCAGGAAUAAAACAUGGAGACAUUUCUCUGACAGAGGCAGAUGUCCCUAUAACUACCUCAUUGCCAUCCACCACUGCGGACCAACAGAGUACCACCACUAUGCGCUCUGACAGCAUUACAAACAAGGGUACUGAAGGUCAUGAACCUCAAAAGAAAGACGUACUCAAUGAAAAUAAUAAUGAGCUAUUUGCUGAGGACUAUUUCCUUCCUGUCAUUACAACAACUGAACCAUCCUCUGCAGCAACCAAGUUAUUUAGCAAAUGGAAGAACACUGAUAUUGGCUUAAGUCAGGACAUCAGUGUUACAAGGAACCCACCAUUAACUGCAGAUGUGUCCACUCAGAACAAGCAGACAAUAUCAUAUGAAAUUGUUCCAAACAUAUUUUUAACUCCUGAACCACAUAUAAAUUUGAACAGAAAUUCAAAUAACCAUGGCCAUUACAAAGGCAAUCAAAAAGACAAAACCAAAACGCCAAUAACUGAAGUUGAGAAUGAAGAGGAGUUUGGUGAAGGUGUUCCUGAAGGUGAAAGUGAACCACACCAUGGCACUCAAAAUUAUGAACCUCCUUUAGAUUAUGUUUUUAAAUUUGAAACUUAUGAGAACAGACAUAUUCAUAAUCCCACUACUCCAUUACAACGGAGUACGGCCUCACCAACAGUCUCACUGAGUGCAACUUCUCACCCGUUGGAGCUUCUCAGCAGUGCUUCCAGUGAUGACUUUGCAAAAUAUGAAGUUUUGACCGAACCAGCAAUUAACACUAAGGCUAGUGAACCAUGGCGUACUGUAAGAGAGUUCACUACAACCUCAGAUAGCCUUUCUCAAGAGUAUGUUCCUUCUCCAACUUCCUCUGUCCCAGCCAAACAUUACAGUAGCAUGACCUCAGCAGCUGGAACAACAGCUCUACCUCCUACAGAAAUUGAUAGUGAUUUUGAACCCCAGCUCUUCACUCCAACUGAGAUUCCGGACACUACAAUUGCAGCAGAGACUCAAAGUUGGUAUUCUAGAGCAAUUGCACCAACCAAGACUAAUGGGCCUAGAAUAGAGCCUUGGGAAACCCCGGUCCCCUUACCUCGCUGGACAGAGAUUGACAACAAUGACAUUAUUAUUGCUCGAAUGCUGAGACCUGCUAGGCUGAAUCACACUCUCUCUACUCCUACUGAGCAGCCAUCUCAGGGCACUAGCAGUGAGCAUUCAGUGCAUUCCAACCCUCUGAUGCCCACUGGGCUGGUCAUGCCUUCCCUUUCCCCAUCAGCCUCCCCUGCACACUGGAAAAAAGGCAACUGGAGUGCUUGCUCAACAAGUUGCGGGCUUGGUGCCAUCUGGAGGUCAGUGUCCUGCAGCACUGGUGAUGAAUCAGACUGUGACUUAGCUACUAGGCCAGUGCCAGCGCGUCGCUGCUACCUUCGGCCCUGCUCCGCAUGGAAAAUUGGAGAGUGGAGUAAAUGCUCAAAGAAUUGUGGUGUAGGAGCGAAAGUCAGAGAGAUCCAGUGUUAUGACACACGAGAUCAGAGGUUGCUGCGGCCAUUUCAUUGCCAGGCCACCUUCCCCAGACCUCCUGUCCGAAUUCCCUGUAACAUCCACAACUGUUUAGAGUGGUACACAUCCUCUUGGGGGCAGUGUUCAGAGCUGUGUGGAGGUGGGGAGCAGCAGAGGCUGGUCACCUGCCCUGAAACUGGGAAAUGUGAUGAGGACCUACAGCCCAGCAAUAUCCAGGCUUGCAAUAUUCAUCCAUGCAACCAGUGGAUUACUGGAUCCUGGGGUCAGUGCUCGGUAUCCUGUGGAGGAGGUGUUCAGCGCAGACUGGUCAAAUGUGUCAACACUAAGGCCGAGCUCGAGGAUGAAAAUGAGCAUGUGGAUUGUGAUCAUGAACCUCAACCAAAGAACACAAAGAAGUGUAACAUUCAUGACUGUGACAGCGCCCCCUCUGGUCAGUUGUGUUUACGGGACCAUUUGACAUUACGGUUCUGUCGAACUCUCCAAUGGCUCGGCCGAUGCCAAGUGCCUUUGGUCCGCACAAAGUGCUGCAAGACCUGCGGGCUGCCAUCACGGGGCGGAGAUCGCACCGCAAGUCGCUGAGAUACAGGGGGAUAGCAGAAUGACUGUUGUAAGCCAGGGAACACAAGAUUAUGACACACGAAUACUCAAAGCAGAUAUGGACCAAUCCAUUGUUGGACAGACUUUCGUCUGGUCUGGUCAAGCUGUUGCCAUUGACCUACAGUUCAUCAGGGAGCCACUUUGUCCUUACAUCCUUUAACACAUACAGUAAGUAGUGCUUAUUUCCACCCAUCAUCUCAGAUAAGUGGUAGUAAAGCAGAGUGGACCAUCUUGCCAUCUCACUAUAGAGUAAUGCAGGGAUGAUGUAAUUUUAGCAUGUAUAGUUGGCAUUGUAGCUCUUCCGGUUCACCGUCCCAAAGUCAUUGGGUUUAUUGAAUGGGUUUUUGGUUAAAUGCCUAAAAUAAGUUUUGUGCAUAACACAAGCUCAUGAUGUUUUCAUUCUGUGGCAUAACAUACAUCAGUAAAACCCCCUUGUCAUUUUACUUUUCUUGUCUUGAAAAAGUUGGUUGCUAACAGGAGGCUAAAAUGGGACUACAGAGGUUGUAAGUGAAAUUAAACAUCAUCACUCGAAUAUGAAAACUCAUGUACUCACUAAUUCACUUUCACAGCAUUGUUGUGUAACAACUUUCAGCAAACUUUCAGGGAAAAAAGUUUUUUUAAGAGUUGUCAGAAGCUCAAUGGUGGUGACCUUGAAGUCAUGCAACUGUGGACGAUUGUAAGCUUCAAAAUUCUUUAUGUGAAGAGUAGCAUUACGAACAAAAUGUUUAAGAAUCAAACUUGUAUUGGUCACAGAGCUUAUUUUCUUCAAUAAUCCAAAAGCCAAUGGAAAAAAUCCUGUUGCUUUUUUAGUGAAGGGAACCAGGGUGAUGCCAAUUUCCAGGUUGGCCUAUAAAUAUACACAUCAGAACUGCAGUAACUACUAUAGUAAUUUAAUUUUCUUUUCUGAUUAGCUGUUGAUGGAAAAAUCAUAUCUUUUAACUUUAGGAAUUUAGGACUGCAGUUCAAGUCGUCCAUUUUUUUUUCUUCAUUUGAACCACAGAUAACCACAAAGCUAGAGCACAAUUCCACAUAAUUGCAAGGUUGCAGAUGUUUCUAUUUAUUGAAGCUGAUGGCAGAUCAGAUGUAAAACCAGUAAUGAAGUACCUGGUGCUGCAACAUAAACUGGUGCUAAAGGUAGUGAGCGCUAAGCUCCUCACUCAGUCUAGUGUUGGCUGGUACUUGAAUUCUAUACACACUAUUUAUGCCUUAAUUGUAUAUGUCUGUAUUACUCUUUGGAUUAAUAAACAUAUACACAGAAUAACAGUUCAGUGUCCCACUUUUCAAAAUGUAUACAACAUAGAAUAGCUUAAUGUCUGCUUUCACAACAUAUAAAGGAUUUAUUUUUAAUGCAGUCAUUAUCUUUAUAGUAUUGUAUGCUUCCAGUAUAUGAGAUACAACUGUUAAAUAGAGACAUCAGUUCAAAGAAAAACUGUCAAGAUGUUUGUCAGGUACAUGAAAUAUUACACUAAGUAAAUGUUUAGUUGUUUUUGACCUUUUAUAAUACAUGACCACUAACUGUGCAUUCAGUCUUAAGGUGCGGUCACAUCUGCGAUAUUUUGCCAAAGUUUUGUGGGCAAAAAAGGUCUAUUGUCAAUAGUGUAGCGAUGUAUGAAGCUUAGUUCACACAGAAGUCACUUUCAAACCAAGCAGCUUUAUGUUGGUCAACACUGAAUUUGCGUGAUUGACUUGAACAAGUUACCAAAAAAACAAUUCCUGAUCACGUGGAAUUCUAAUGAAAUGGCUGGAUUUCACCCGCAAAAAAAAAAAAAUUGCU